AUGGACUCAAACGACUCACCCCUAGUGGGCCGGUUUCUCAAGGGAGGCGGUGUAAUGCAACAGUAUGCAGAGGCGUUCCGGCGUACGACUACAAGAAUCAAGGUCGACCCUCAAGCUGCAGCUGGGGCGUUUUCAGCAGCCCACGAAAUUCGACCGCCUGCGAGACCUCAGCUUGCUCACAGCGCCAGAGAGCUGCCAGCUGUGGAGACAUUCCUGGGGGGUGAUACCUUGCCAAGACAGUUAAUCUCCCGGUUGAACCCAAGCGACACACGCCUGCUUGCUGGAGAAACAGAGCAGCUCACAGCUCCGUACGUACGAGUGGAGGGAACAUCUGAGAAGUACCGCUUUUUUCCAGCAUCCGAAGAAUUACCUUCAUCCGGACUCUGGCAUGAUCCUCCCUUAUUUAGCGACGCUGGAAAGGGCCAAACAGCUUUAAGGUUUAGGCCAAAGGAACCCGCGGAAAUUCCUUCACACAGCAGCAGAGCUUCGCUGCCGCCAGAUCCUUCGGGGCUUCCGAUGAUCCCUCCUCGCCCUCUUUCAUUGUCUGAGCAGCAAGUCAAGUCAGCACCACGAGCAGCCAUGCAGUACGCUGCAGAGGAUAUCUCUGUAUAUCCAGGCGGCAUUUCAAUGGAGAACGUAGUAGAUAUCCAGGAAAAAGCCCUUUUUAAAUCGUUCGAGCAGCUCUCUCAAGAUUCCGUCGUGGAGAACCUCAUGCUGGACGCGGUGAGACCAGGGUUUAAACGCGGGGUGAUACAGCAGCUCCAGCAGCCUACCAACAUGCAAUGGGUGGAGCAGCGGCGGGCUGUAUACAUGAAAACAAAGCAGGCAGGUGAAAGCCAAAUAGGGUCGGCUGAAACAUCUGCGAACACGAAAAAGGAGGCAGCAACGAGUGGCAAGAAGGUAACGUUCAGUCUGCCGAACACGUCUUCACAGCAGCAGACCGAUUACAGUCAGCUGAAGCAAGCUGAUGGUCAGCUGGAACAAAUAACGGGACAUCUCCGGACCAUCCAACGUGCCAACCAGCUUCAUGGGGCUCAGGGGGAAGCACGCGUUAGCCAUGUGCCUGUGGGCACAGCAUCUGAUGCACCGUCAAAGGGUACAGAUGCGUCUUUAGGCGACACUUUCGUGAACGAGCUAGUGUCGCGAUGCUCUUUAAAGCUGAGAACUAUAAGUAGCGGCAUGACGUUUUCUUCAGUCGAACCCAAGCCUAGGAACUCGGCUGUUGCGGCUAAGGAGAUGACGCGCCCCUCACGCCUGUUAAGAGACAUCGAGGCAGUCGAAGCCCGGAGGAACCAGAGGGACGGGAAAAAACCAGUGGUUGAUGGACUUCAUCCGCAACCGCAUCACGAGGAUACCACUCUCUAUCUGCCGCAGCCGACGGAAGAGUCGAUCUCCCUUAGAUGCUCAAAAGGCCUGCAGGGACUACGCGCGCUUAGGGGAAGACUCAACAUUCGCGCCCCUCAAUCCAUGCCAAAAGCAGAUCUUGUUUGUCUCUCAAAGUCCCUUUUGCCCGCGUCUGUAGAAGUUGAUGAGGAGUCUUUCAUAAGUGAAGAAGAAGCUGCUGAACACAUUCAUGAGACGGUUACUGAUUCGAUUGGUAAACCGUCGUACGAGGUCUAUCACAACACGCCAACACCACCAGAGGACCUGGUCGACGCAACCCCCAGCUUGGAGGAGCUGGCACGAAACUUCGUGCCUACCACGGGCUACCCACACGAUGCAAACAACAAUAACUACCCUGCUGCGAUUCCUGCUUUCGUAUCCCGCCUAUCAAAAUCUCAAGACAGCCGAAUGUCAGUUCCUCCUGCGUCAGCAGUGCUGUAUGCUAUCCCAAAGGGGUCGGAGGCGUGUUCAAUAGUCGAAGCCAUGCCUACAGAUCCACGAUCGGGGGCCUCUCAAAUCACGGAAGCGGCGCUUGCAAAUAUGAGCGCUAAGGAAAUUAGGAACGUUGAAGAGCUUGUGGCCGGUGGUUUUGUUGCACUUCAGCGCCAGACACACAAGAUAGACUACAGGAAUCCAUGGGAAGACGAGAAGCUGCACUUCAAGAUGAUCGUUAAUGAACCUAUACAUGCCAGAGACCCGCAAUUCGCGGAACGACAGAGCCAACUCUUAAGCAAAUGGAAGUAUCCGGCAAACGAGAUAUCACCCGGUUAUUACAUUAAAGAGGCAAGCCUGGAGGAUGUCCGGCAGGCGAUCCUCGCGAACAAAGAGCAGCGUUCCAUAUUUGACCUCCAAAAGGCGCUUAAGGAGGCGAAGGAGCGUGAAGAAGAAGAACUUCGAAGGCGUCGCGAAGCCGAGGAUGCAGAGAUUGCAAAGCGUCUACGAGAAGGCCGUGAGCGGGAACUGGCAGCUGCGGCCAAUCUAGAACAACAGAAACCACAGACUGAGGAGCCGCCUGCCGAACCGGCAGGAACUGCUGAGAACACACAAGAUAACCCUCCAGAAGCUCUUCAGCAGGCACUUAGUGUUGAACAGCUUAAGAAGGCUUACCGGGAGCUCAGGAAGCGGUCGAAUCCAGAAGAUAUAGAAGAGAUGAAACGCAUCAAGAAGCAGAUAGCGGAGCUCACAGGACGCAAGAAGAAGGAUGCUCAUGUGCAAACGGGACGUCGAGCGGCAAUAGCCCCUCCACCGGAGACUGACCUGAAAGCCAGGAAAACGGACGAGUAUGCAGAAGACGAAGAGCGAACAGAGGGCGUCAGGGAAAUGAUAACAACGGAACGCGGGGGUGAAGCAGGGAUGCUGGGAAAGACCACGACGGGAGACGACGAAGCCCACUCAGAUGAUGAAGAGGAAAGUCCGGGAGAGGAGGACGAAGAGGAUGGUGUAGGGAAAAAGGAUCAAGGGGUGGACGACGAGGCAGAGAGCGCACUAAGCAGUUUUGAUGAUACGAUCUCGUCGCUUUCAGUGAGCAGCUACGAGUCAACAGAACAUCCCGUGUUUCAGCGAUCCGAGUAUUCUGCCUUGGAGUAUCAGUCAGUAACUGACUCUUUGGAAGAAUGGAUGAAGCUCCCAGUGGACUACUGUGGCCGGAUGUAUUUGGAGCCCCCCCAAGCAUCUACUAUGCGUCCCCGCAAAUUUGGCACUCGUGGACUGCCAGCGAUGCGAAGUAGAGCUAGUGUGGUGGCGGACCAAAUUCGAAUGUUCGUCAUGCUGGAGGCAAGAGGGCCCGUAAUUCUGGUGUAUUGCUCACCGAAAGAUGCCCCGCAGAAAAGGAAAUUCAAAUUCGCUGCUCUUUGUGGCAAGACAGUUGAACCUGAGGAUGGCCACUCUCCACAGCAGUGGAAAUACAUGUGUGCAUUCGUACUGGAUAACACAGGAGAAGUACAGAGCGUCGAUAUGAUGAACGGUGGUUCGGGAGCCCCGUACAAAGCCAUAAAAGUAAACGCUCGCAUUGUACAGGAAGCUGCAGCCCUUCCCUCAGAGGCAGAUUUAGCAUCGUUCACAAGGGACCAACUCGUCUUGCGUGAAAAAGCGUAUUUUAGCGGAGUCCUCAGUGCAGAUACGGAAGUUGAAACGGCGGAAUGGUUAGAUGUAUUUAAUGGACGCAAGACAUUCUUUCGCUAUCUCUCUGCAUGCACCGACGCAUGUACGACACCCAUGCUGCCAAUUGUGGCUAGUCUGUUCAGUCCUGGUCCAAGGGAAAUCGUGCUUCACGGUGUACAAUACCACAAGGCGGUAGACAAGGCUAUUUUUUCCUCAUUGAAGCUGCCCUAUUUGGAUUCCUUGUGCUGCGGGUGGAGAGGCAUGGAUGCAGAAGGAUUAGCAACGUUCUUGCAAUGUGUUCCGUGCAAGGUUAGAACGUUGGACCUCACGGCGAACUUGUUUGGCACCACCGUGCUGGCAUGUCUGGGUGGCUUCUGCAACAGGCUAAGAAUUUCGCACCUCUGCCUUGCGGAAAACAACAUUGCCGGGGAUUCACAAGCAGCCACGGGCAUCGCAAAUCUCAUGGCAGACCCGGAUCCUCCAUUUCUGGACUUGAGGCGCACAGCUAUUGUGGACGAGGACUGUGAAAACAUCGCCAGAGAGCUGGAGAACGUCAAGCAACCCGGCGUGGUGCCCAAAACAGUCAAUUUUGGAGAAAAUGACAUAUCCGUUGUGGGACUUAAAGCCGUUGCUGCCGCUGUGGCUAAAACACUUCCCCGAUUCAAGGUUCUAUGCCUCCCCAACAUCCCAGCACUUGGCACGGAGGCACUACAAGAUGUCCUCAGAGAAGUGCCACAGAUGCGGCAGGCUCAGCUUUCCAGAGAGCAGCCCAACUUUCCUUUCCGUUCACUGAAUGCAAUGGAACUGCCAGAAAGGUGUCUGUCGUUGCCUGCCGUAUUCAGUGGCAGGCUGUUUGUCGAAAUGGAAAAGCCUUCCUCGAACUCCCCCCGGAAGGUCUCAACCAAUUGCCUUUUCUUGGCAUUCUUCGAGCUUAGAGGCCCAGCACUUCUGCGCUAUUCCACUCCGCCUAGACCCUAUCGUCUGGGUGGCACCACAAGCAAACGUUCACCCGGAAUGCCUCUCGGGUCACUUGCUCGUUCGUUCGGUGACGGACUGGAGGGUAUCUUUAUAACAUCCAUUUCGCUAGCGGGUUCAAGGCUUACUGUGACUGGAAAGAAGAUUUUGUCCAGUGACUUAGUUUCGAGGGAUAGUUCUGAAACUUGGGUGCUCCAGGCAGAUUCCGAAGAUUAUAUACGGGAAUGGUUUAGAGUGCUCAAAAUCAGGCAAGCUGGAGUAGCGUGUGACAGCAUUGGGAGAAGCUCCAAUGAGGCACUCCAUCCCGGAGUGGGCCAGUACUGCACCAGCUGCUUCAGAAGGAGCCUUGAGCUGGGAGGUCGCCGGUUGCCCCCAGGACAGUUUCAACGCCUGUUUACGGCGGUUUCGACAGAUCAUCGUCUCAAGAGUGUGGAUAUGAGCAAUAUGGAGUUGGACGUUGAGGCUUUGGAACGCUUCCCAGAAAAUGCAUUCCGCAAAAGUGAACUCAAUCUCUUAGAUUUGUCCUUCAACUCUAUCACGCCUCAAGGUGACAUGUCCAAUGUAUUCGCGUUCUGUGGCAGCGCAAAAAAUUGUGCAAAAUUCGUGCUGGAUGGAAACCCUCUAGGCAAUACUGAAGCGGCCGCUGGUUUUGUGUUCAAGCUUCUUGAGUGCCGAAUUCAGAAUUUGUGUCUUAAUGCAUGCGGCCUUGGAGAUACGUUUGCUGAAGCUUUGGCCAAGCAGAUAACAAAUGAGCCGAAACGUUUCCCUUUUAUCACGGCUUUGGAGCUCCAAACGACCUCAAUAUCGGUGGAUUGCAUGAAGAAUUUGCUGGACGCCUUGAUAAACCGCUGUCCUGGCUUGUCGAAGGUCAGCCUUUACGGCAACGGAUUUGAUAAUAUUGGGCCAUUCAGUCGCCGCCUAACAAUCGACUAUACGAAGACCCACCGCGACACGCCUACUCGAAAGGUCGGGUAUAUCCGCCGCGUGGCUAAGAAGGAGAAUACCGCCCUUCAACGUAACCAAAGGGUAACUCCAGCUUCAGGGACAUCAUUUCCCGCAGCUUCGCAACCGGGAGCGGCAAUAGAUUCUUCUCUUCCCCACGCUAAAGCCUCAACGAUGACCAGUCACGUCCCCACCCCAGAAUCGCCUGCUUAA